AUUGAGGCCCCGCCUGCUGUGUUACCAUAGAAGCAGAGACGCAUUCUGAUACAUCGGGAUUAGAAAGCAGCCAGCAACCAGUGUAAGGCCCUAGCUGGAAGUGCAGAGAAAAAAAAUGAGUACAUUGCCAGCUGUGCGAAGACAAGCUAUCACAGAGUUUCCCAGGCUUGUACAACUAAAGCCUUCACUACCAAUAUACAUAAAGCAAAGGCAGAAUUCAAAGAACAAGAUUCACUUGAUCAAGGACAGAGAUGUCAAAGAUCCUCAUCGGCAGCUGAAUAUCAAAGAACUGUCAAAAGAAGAUGCUGCAAUUUAUCAGAAUUCAGUCAAGCAGAGCAUCUGCAUAGAAAUGCUGCGCCGAGGUUAUCACAAGUCUUUCACAGAACUCUUUACUCUGAUCCAGAAGUGGAAUGCCUUGAGGGACGCUGGAGGGCCUGGGUCAGCCAUAUGGCAACAGAAACCCUUGGAGGAGCAGCACGAGAAACUGGAUCAACUUCAACACUUCCUGACCAGGGCUGAGGCAGCCCAACGAGCAGGUCACUAUGAAGAAGAAUACAAAAAUCAGCUUGCACUUGCACAGUACUUCAAGAAAUUGGGAGAUCACUGGCUUUCAAAUCACUUUUUUGAAUGCUGCUUCCAGACUGCUAAAAAAAUAAAUGUUGAUGGUGGUCGAAAAAAAGCUGAAGCGCAUGCAAAUCUCGGCCUCGUAGAUGAAGAAAAUGGUCAGCUGGAGAAAGCUAGCGAGCAUUAUGAGGCAUUCUAUCAUCUGACAGUAGGCCGCGUAUGGAAAGAUGAGACAGGCCGCACUCACAACUCACUGGCCUGUGAGAAUCUCUGGAGAAUAUACACACUGCUAUCAGACAAAAUGUUACAGAAUAAAGAAUACCAACAGGCCAUCAAAACGCUAAUAAAAGCUUUUGAUAUGGCGAAAGAAGGGAAUGAUAAAAAAUUGGAGGGAGAAGCUGCUUAUCGCCUGGCAUUGGCUUAUAUAUCAUCAGGAAAUCCUCAGAUUGCUAUGACAUUUUUACAAUCUUAUAUGGAAAUAUCAAAAGCAUUGGGCGACAAUGAGAGCCUAGGAAAAGCAUAUGAAGCAAUGGCAAAGGCCCUAGAAAGCCAGGGAAAAAUUCUUGAAAGUAUUAAAUAUUUGGAAAAUUUUAUUGAAAUUGCGAAACAAAGCAACUUAUCCAAAAGUCUAACGGAAACAUGCCUUUGCCUUGGAGAUAUAUAUAAUGCAAGAGGGAACUAUGAAAAAUCAUGCGAGUAUUUUGCUCAAGCUUACGAGACUGCAGUAUGCCUUAGUGACAUAGUACUGAUUGAAGAAGCCCAGGUUUAUUAUGGCAUUGCAAAAGCACACAGAAUGAUGCUGACAGUGAACAGACUUACAGAAUCUGCAGAUUAUGUCAGCAUUGAAAAGCUGCUGGCAUGGAAAAUGAACAGAAGUGGCAUGUGCAGUGACCCAGUAAAAGCUGACCACCUACUUUCCACAGAGGAUGACAUCAUAGAGGGCUGUCAAGGUAAAGAAGAAAGCACAAUCAAGAGACAGAAUUUGGAAAUAUAUGAACCAGCAGAUGUUAUUCCUAAAAACGAGUCUUUAUUAUAAUGCAUCUUAUAUGGCAUUUAGUUACAGUUUUGCUCUUUAACUGUAUUUCUUAUAAUUAAAAAAUGUAUACUCUAUACAAAUAAAAUGGUGACUUUUAAAUGUU